AUGAACAGACAAGCCUGCAAGGCACCUGGAGGCAGGAGCCAGGGCUUCUCCGGCUGCUUGGCUGCGGUCUCUGGUGGCAGCAGGAUGAGCUGUGUGGCCCGCACUGGGGGCUCUGGUGGAGGGGCUUGUGGGUUCCAGAGUGGAGCAGGCAGCUUUGGCAGUUGCAGCCUCUAUAACCUGGGUGGCAGGAAGAGCAUCUCUAUCAGUGUGGCAGCCGGUGGCUCCCAGGCUGGUGGCUUUGGUGGAGGGCAGAGCAGCUGUGAUAGUGGCUUUGCGGGUAGCUAUGGAGGUGGCUUUGUGGGUGGCUACAGAGGCAGCUUUGGCAGUAGCUUUGGUGGUAGUAGAAGAAUGGGAAGUGGGUUUGGUGGAGCUGGUGGCUUUGCAGUGGUUGGUGGCUUGGGUGGUCUUGUUGGCUUUGGUGGGCCUGCUGGUUUUGGCCCUGGUUGUUUCCCUGGGGGAAUCCAGGAAGUGACUGUCAGUCAGAGCCUCCUACAGCCCCUCAGUGUGGAGACUGACCCCCAUAUUGGGCAAGUAAAGGCCCAGGAGCACGAGCAGAUCAAGACUCUCAACAACAUGUUUGCCUCCUUCAUCGAUAAGGUGCACUUCCUGGAGCAACAGAACAAGGUUCGGGACAAGUGGGAGCUACUCCAGAAGCAGGGCACCAGUUCCACCACUGGCACCAACAACCUUGAGCCUCUGUUUGAGAACUACAUUAACCACCUGCGGAGUCACCUGGGUGGGAUCCUUGGGGAGAGAGGCCACUUGGACUCAGAGCUAAGGAACACGCAGGACCUGGUGGAGAACUUCAAGAAGAAAUGGGUGAAAGAGAUAAAUUUCCAGGUGGCUGAGAAUGAAUUUGUGACCCUGAAGAAGGAUGUGGAUGCUGCCUACAUGAACAAGGUGGAGCUUCAGGCCAAGAUGGACGCCCUGGUAGAUGAGAUCAACUUCCUGAGGACUCCCUAUGAUGCAGAGCUGUCCCAGAUGCAAAGUCACGUCAGUGACACUUCUGUGGUCCUAUCCAUGGACAACAACCACGAUCUGGACCUGGACAGCAUCACUGCUGAGGUUCAUGGUCAGUACGAGGACAUUGCCCCGAGGAAGGCUAAGGCUGAGGCCCUGUACCAGACCAAGUUGGGAGAGCUGCAGACCAAGAGCGAGAUCCAGGAGCUCAACAGGAUGAUCCAGAGGCUGCGGGCGGAGAUUGAGGAUGUCAAGAAGCAGAAUGCUAACCUGCAGACAUCCAUCGCAGAAGCUGAGCAGCAGAGGGAGAUGGCCCUCAAGGAUGCCAGUGCCAAGCUCCAGGACUUGCAGGCUGCACUACAGUAGGCCAAGGAUGACCUGACCCAGCUGCUGCGUGACUACCAGGAGCUGAUGAAUGUCAAGCUGGCUCUGGACAUGGAGAUUGCCACCUACCGAAAGCUGCUGGAGGGUGGGGAGGGCAGAUUGUCUGGAGAAUGCCAGAGUGCUGUCAGCAUCUCUGUGGUCAACAGCAGUGGUACGAUUUCAGCCUUGGCAGGCAGUUAUGGUGGUGGCUUUAGCGUAGGAGGUGGCACAGGCAGUGGCUUUGGCUUGGGAGGUGGCAGUGGAUCUGGCAGCAGCAGUGGAUUUGGCAGCUGCAACAGUUUCAGUGGUGGCAGAAGCUUUGGCUCUGGCUCUGUGGGUCACAGUGGAGUCAGCUGGGGUGGCACUGUCAAGCUCCCCCAGUCCUCCCAGCGCUACUCCAGAUAA